GGUCGGGAGGCAGGAGGCAGGAGAAGCAGACCGAAGCCGCACUCCGCAACCAAGAGCGUAAAAUGAGGCGCCUCGAUCCCGCCGGACGCGGCGCCGCGAGCCGGCUGCUGCUGAGAAGCGGAAGGAGCCACUAGGUGCUGCGCACGGACUCCCGCGCUUCGUACCAUGACAGAUCCCCUCGCUGCUUCAGCAUGAUGACGCUGCGCUGCAGGCACAGACCCCACAGGUCUCCGCUCCUCUGCUUCUGGCUCGUGCUGCUCCUCGUGGUCAUCGCGGUGCUCUUCAUGGACCCCCUGUUCCGCGACGCGUCAAGGCACGCGGCGAUCGCGCGCCACGCCCCCACCGCGGGCCACAGGUGGCCCGCACCUGCAGACCUGGAGCUGCUCGUGGACUCUCGAGACCAGGGGGGCGAGGGGGGGUUCCGUGCACCGGCCUUUCUGCGGGACGACCAGCUGCUCGUGGCUCCAUCGUCAGCCCCCGCGGAGAGGCGCGGCUCCGGGGUGGCGGCGCGCGACGGGCGGAGGAGGGGCGAAGUGGAACCCCGAGCCGGGCUGUCGUCGCUCGCGGGGAAGGCGGCUGGAAGAGCGACCACCUCCGGGGAAGCGGCGGCGAGGAGACGCGCCUUCGACGAAGCGAUCAGCGAAGGCAUUUCGUUCCAUCGGAGACCCCCGGAGUCGCGCCCUGCCGCGUGUCUGUCACAGCAGUACAACACCUCCUUGCCCACUGCCACGGUGGUCGUGUGCUUCCACGAUGAAGCGUGGUCCACUCUGCUGAGGACCAUCCACAGCGUCCUGGACACGGCGCCUGCGCGGCACCUGCGGGAGGUCCUCCUGGUGGACGACUGCAGCGAGCGUGGGCACCUGAAGACCCCCCUCAGCAAGUACGUCUCCAAGCUGAAGGGGGUGCGUCUGAUCCGGAGCGCUCGCCGGCUGGGCGUGGUUGGCUGCCGCGUGCUGGGUGCUGCCCGUGCCCUCGGCGACGUCCUAGUGUUCCUCGACUCCCACUGCGAGUGCCAGCAGGGGUGGCUGGAGCCUCUGCUGGAGCGCAUCGCCGGGGACAGGAGUCGAGUGGUGUCGCCAGUGAUGGAUGUUAUCGACGGGCGAACCUUCCGGUACAAUGCAACGCGGGAUCUCAUCAGAGGUGUGUUUGACUGGAAGCUGGACUUCCACUGGGAGGUGCUGCCCAAGCAGAAAGACCCGCUAAAGACCGUGGAGCCCAUACGGAGCCCUGCAUUGGCAGGUGUUCUGGCCAUUGACAGACAGUUCUUCCAGAAGAUCGGAGCCUAUGACCCUGGCAUGGUGCUCUGGGGUGUGGAGAACAUUGAGCUCUCUAUAAGGGUGUGGCUGUGCGGGGGGUCCAUGGAGGUGAUUCCCUGUUCUCGUGUGGGACAUUUGGAACAGUUUCACCCAUCCUUCACCCUCCCCGAUGACGACACUGUCGAGAAGAACAAAAUCCGGGUGGCAGAGACGUGGCUGGAUGCAUAUAAAAACAUAUUCUACAAGAGAAAUACUGUUGCCUUCUUCAUCUGGCAGUCUGAGAGCUCAAACUGCACUGAGAGGGUGAAACUGCAGAAGAUGCUGGGCUGUAAGAACUUCCAGUGGUAUCUGUCCAACGUGCACCAGGACCUCUACAUCCCCCAGGACCGGCAGGGAUUCUCAGGAGAGCUGUACAAUGUUGGCGCUGGCUAUUGUGCAGAUCACAAGAAAGGGUGGGCUCCGUGGGAUGGGGCCAUGGACGUUUCACCUUGCAGCGGAAAUGGUAACCAGCACUGUGAGAUGAACUCUCUGAAAGAGGUGCGCUGGGGGCCCAUGGGGCAGCUCUGUUUCGAUGCGAAGGGGGACCGGGUGGUGCUCUCCCAGUGUCCCCCAAAACAGCAGACGUUAACCAGGCUGCAGUGGAGCAUCUUGAAGAACGGGCAGAUCGUCCACCUUUUGACAGAGAAAUGCAUUGAGGCUGUAAAGACUGAGAGGAGCCCUGGUGCAGAGAAGGUUGCGCACAGCGACUGGGGAAAACGGGCCAACGGCAAAGAGGCGGAAGAGGGACUCUUCCUCCGGCCCUGCAGCUCCGACCCGCGGCAGCAGUGGCACUUUGAGCAGCUUGUUGAUCCGAGACGAUCCUAAAGUGGGCGGCUCAUAAUGGCGCAGACCUCGUGUAUGUAACUGCUGAACUGCUGUUGGCAGUUGUGCCUAUUCGUGGCGCUGAAACGAGGUUGAAGGCAGCGACGAUGGAUCAUUGCGGUCCUGGAAAGACGCUUCUAUCUUUUAGCUGCUUCCUGAGCAACACGCUGAACUUCUAGCAGUUUUCCACAAGGCUUUAGAUUCACUCCGUUCUUUCCUCCAGCGCACCCCAUGCCAGAUAAAGCACGAAUAAUCAGAUGACCUUUUCGUUACCUGCUACAAGGGUUUACUCAUCAGGGUAUGGGUGCGUCUCUCCCUACAGCGUUUUGUCCUGUGGCUAACCCACAUGGGCUACCCUGGCUGGGCUGAACCUGCUCCUUUCCUCUGGAAAAAGUACCGAUGUUGUUCAACUGCUGCGGGAUUCCUGGUCACAGGUGGCAGUUGAGAGAAAUAAAAAUUAUCUCUAUUUCCUGCAAGAGGUGCUCACUGAUUUCAAGGUUUAUGGCCUGCAGCUAUACAGUAUAUCAAGCUAGCAAUUAUUGCUCCUCGGGAGACGACAAACCCAAGGCCUGUACUUUAUGAGUGUUAUUACACUGCUCACUGCUGAGCAGUCUGGAAACUAUCCUCUAACAACUGACACAAGCAAUAAUUUUAGAGGAAAAGUAGGCUUGACGGUGCAAUGUUUUCGUAUUACUAUUUUUUACUGAAACACAGAAAGUGAUAGGUGAACAGUGUUUUAACCACUGUGACGUGGCCCAUCUAGGCCAGCCCUGGUAUUGUUAAUAAAAAUCAACUUAAAAAAAAAAAACAUGGAUAUCAAAUGUAAUUAUUAUUGCAAAGUGUUAAG